AUGGUGCCUGAAGGACCAUCUACUCCCAUACUCUCCAGUACAUCAGUUAGAUCUGCCUUUCAAGCCUCGAUUUUUGUGCCUCCACCUUCAGAGGCAAUCAAUCAGAGAUUGACUCCAAAUCAGAAAUUCACUCCAAAAGAUUUAAUUGCUGCAGUGAAAGCUCUGGAUGUGGAACUUGGCUUAAUUAUUGAUUUAACAUAUACAACAAGAUACUAUAAUACUAAGGAUUUGCCUAGAACUGUAGAAUAUAAGAAACUCUACACUGUUGGACAUGAAGUCCCAGAUGAUCCUACUAUUCUGCAGUUCAAAAAAUGGGUCAGAAAGUUCCUAUGGGAAAAUGCAGGAAAUGUAAAGCAAGUGGAUACAUAUAGGAGUACUGAGAGAGGAUCUGUUUCUUGGAGCAAGAAAGAAAAUAUUAUUAAAGGCAUUCCAAAUGGGUUGAGUUCAGGCCAUACCAAAUGUGAUUUGCCUAGAACUGUAGAAUAUAAGAAACUCUACACUGUUGGACAUGAAGUCCCAGAUGAUCCUACUAUUCUGCAGUUCAAAAAAUGGGUCAGAAAGUUCCUAUGGGAAAAUGCAGGAAAUGAAAAACUAAUUGGAGUACAUUGUACUAAUGGAGUUAAUAGAACAGGUUACCUUAUAUGUAGAUACCUGAUUGAUGUUGAAGGCUGGGAUCCAGAAACAGCAAUCCAAGCUUUUGGGGAGGCUCGUGGUCACCAUAUGGAUCGUGGCAUAUAUUUGACUGAUCUCAAAACCCAACCAAUGAGGAGCAAUCUUGGAAUGAAUAUAUGGGAUGUCGAUGUAGAAAUACCACUACCAAAUGAAAUGGAUGGGUUUCCAAGUGAAGAAUUUCCAAGGCCUGAGAAAAGACUAAGAGUUUAUGAAGACUGUCACCCCCACAAUGACUUGUCAGGACAGAUCCAGUUGAGAGAAUUUGAUUUUAUUAACAAGGGUCCUGGGCAACGGCGAAAACCAUAUCAUGACCUCCAGUUUCAAGAAGAAUUGCAGCCACUAAUGCAAAUAAGGGAAAGGCGUUUUCCUGAACCUCAGUGUUAUGAUGACUAUCAAGAAGAAAGUUAUCAGGAAGAUUUAGAUUUUGCUGUCAGGGACUCAGAACAGUGGCAAAGAUCUUUUCCUGAUCAUCAGUUUCACGACGGCCUUCUAGAGAAUGCACCACCAGGGGAACUUGUUAGUAUGGGCCGUGGACAGAGGCAGAGACAUGUUCCUGAUAGUGAUAUGCCUACAGAUAUGCUACUUAAUAGGGGGCGUGGUCAAAGAUAUUUUCCUGACAGUGAUAUGCCUACAGAUAUGCAGCUUUAUAGGGGGCAUGGACAAAGACAGUUUCCUGAUGGUGAUAUGCCUACAGAUAUGCCGCUUAAUAGGGGGCGUGGACAAAGACGUUUUCCUGAUGGUGAUAUGGCUACAGAUAUGCCGCUUCAUAGGGGGCGUGGUCAAAGAUGUUUUCUUGACAAUGAUAUGCCUACAGAUAUGCCACUUCAUAGGGGGCGUGGACAAAGACAUUUUCCUGAUGGUGAUAUGCCUACAAAUAUGUCGCUUAAUAGGGGGUGUGGACAAAGACAGUUUCCUGAUGGUGAUAUGCCUACAGAUAUGCCGCCUCAUAGGGGGCGUGGACAAAGACAGUUUCCUGACAGUGAUAUGCCUACAGAUAUGCCGCCUCAUAGGGGGCGUGGACAAAGACGUUUUCUUGACAAUGAUAUGCCUACAGAUAUGCCACUUACUAGGGGGCGUGGACAAAGACCAAGACCAUUUUAUGACCAGCAGUCUAAUGACGAAUUGCAGCCACGUAUGCAAUUAAAAGACCAGCCUUUCCUCAACAUGGGACGUGGGCAAAGAAUGAGACCUUUUCAUGACUGUCCCCCUCACAGUGAUAUGCAGCCACCAGUGGGAGAUUUUGAGUUUGUUAGUAGAGGCCGUGGACAAAGAAUAAGACCUCUCCUUGACUGCCAACAUGACAAUGAAUUACGAAGAGAGAUGGCAUUCGGAGAUUUUGAAGACAGAGAUUCUGAUCCAAGAUGCAGAUCUUUUCAUGAUCAUCAGUCCUAUGGGGAUUUCAGUGAGCCUGCACAACAGAGAGAUUUUGUAGACAGUGGACCUGAACAAAGGAUGAGACCGUUUAAUAACCACUCACCUCGUGAUGGGGUGUCACAUGAAGGAUAUUUAGAAAGAGGUCAGUCUUUGCCUUCUCGUGAGCAUUUCCCAGAUUCUUCCAUAUUUUGCAGAGAUUACGUCUCUGAUAAAGAAGAUUCUAAUAGAAAUUACAGGGAUGAUUGUCCUGAAGAUUACAGGAGAAUCCGCCUUUCAGAUGGAAUUAACAAAGGAGGGAAAAGUAGAUUUGCACCAUAUCCUUCGCAGCCAAUGCGUAACCUUUCAUCUGCACACCAGAAAGUUAGUUCAGUUUCAGCAGACUAUGGAAGGGAACCUCAACAUGAAGUUUCAAGAGAAAUGGAUCAAGGGAAAAGAUUACCAAUUGUAAUGAUUGAUUACAAUUAUGGUUUGCCUUUAGAUUGUGCAUCUGAAGAGGAAGACGGAGGACAUUAUGAUUUACCUUCAAGAGACCGUUACCUCUGGAAUUGAACCAAACAAGAGUUUGCAUGCUUACCUUCACCUGUUUUCUUUUGUGUGUGGACCAAAACAUUUUCACAAACUAGAGAAGUCUAAUAAGACUAGUUCCUGGAAACGUUUGUGUUUUUUACAUCUAAAUAGUGUGUACAUUUGUUAAGUGUAUGUGGAUACAAAUGUUUGAUAUAAUAUGAAAUAAAAUGUGGUUGCUUUUAGUGAAAUUGGAGGGUCAUAGUAUACGACGCAAUAGAAGCUAUGUUCCCUGCUCCCCAUUUUGAAACGUAUAUAAUUGUGUCAGUUUACAAACUUAUAAAAAGCCAUUUAACAACUGCUCUCAGUAGAUUUUCUCUAAGGUAUAUAGGAUUUACCAUAAA